GAGAGAGAGAGCCUCUUGCAGAGCACUGCUGACGACACGUUCCCUCUGGAAGAAGCGCCCAACGGGGUGCUAGACGAGCGCCAAGAUGGCGCUCGUUAUCCACAUCGAGCACGCGCUGCUAUCACUUCGACUGACUCGCGCGUUGGUAGAACCUGGGACGCCCCAGUUCAAGCGCCCGAGUCGGCGGCCGACCAGGCUCUGGCCAAGCUUCUACGACAGCGCAAUCAGCUCUGUGGCUCUGUGGCGCGGGCCGCGAUGUCGGCAGAGCUGGCUGCUAUGGCGAUGGCUGUUCGGAAGCGUGAUGCCGAUGGUAUUGCUGAGUCUGCUGCCGCGGUUAUUGAGUGCUUGGGUGCGCAAGUGGCUGGCAGCUUUUCGGCA